CCGUCCUUGCCCCUGCCCGCCACCACCCAGCCGGAGGCCGUGCAGGGUGCCGCCAAGGAGGCCGGGGGCACCGAGCAGCCGGACCCCUCCACCAUGACUCCCCAGGUAAGGCAGUGCCGCCUCCGUGCUCGCCCCUGCUGCCCUGGCUGGCGGGAGGGAGUCCCCAGGGCCGUGGUGGCGAUUGACCGCUGGCCGGAACAGCAGCAAUACUGGUACCAGCAGCACCUGCUUAGCCUGCAGCAAAGGGCAAAAGCCCAUGCUCAGGGACAGCAGCAAAUGAAAGGUCCAGUAGGGAAGGAUGCAUCUGAGCAGAGAGCAAAGUCUGAAGAAGGGAAAAUGAGUGCCUCAACUCAGCAGUCUGAACCUCCUCCACUUAAUGAAUCUCUGCCUUCAGCUUCCAAAGAAGACGAGUCUUCUCUGACAUCCACUGAAACUCAGUCAAUGUCAGUAGACAUGCAGCUGCGACAUUAUGAGGCACAGCAAAAACAGUUCCAGCAGCUUCAUAAAGAUUGGGAGCGAUCAAUGAACCAACAGUGGCAGCAUCAGCUUCAAACCUAUCCUCACAAAGACCAGCUUCAAGAGUAUGAGAAACAGUGGAAAGCAUGGGAUGAACAGAUGAAGGUCACUCAGUCCCAUCUGCAGGAGAAAGUGAGCUCACUCCAAAAUCUGAAGAAUCAGUAUCCUGCAAAUGUUUCACUGCCACCUCCAUUUGUUCCAUAUUCUCAAACCACUCAAGGUGGCAUUCCUAUUAUGCCUCCAACUUUACCUUCAACUACACCUCCGCUGGUCCCCCCGCCUCUCUCUUCUGUUUCUCAGUUAUCUAAUUCCUCUGUCCCUUCAGGAUCCAGUUCUCAAAGCAGUCAAUCUACUGAGACACCAAGGCCAGCUCUGCUUCCCACCCCUGGUACCUAUGCAUCAAAAAUAGCUAGUUCAGCUGUCUAUUCACCUUAUCAUUCUCAAGUAAGUUCAUCCUUUGGCUCUUCAGACCACGGAAAGUCUCAAGUUCAUCUUAGUAAACAAACUGUCUCUAUUUCAUCUGAGCAAGGAUGUGGGGAACUGAAAGCCACUUCUGCAGUGUCUUCAACACAUGCACAUACCAUGCAGGAUAAACCAGUGAGGUCGGGUGGAUUGCUUCCAGAUCCUCCCAGAUCAGCACGUUUUGAAGGCCCCAGAGGCCCUAGAUUUGAUGGACCUCGGGGAAGAGGAUAUGACAAAUUUGAAGGCUCAAGACAGAGAGGUCCUCGAUUUGACUCCCAGCGCUCAGAAGGAUACAGGUCACGUUUUGACCGACAGAAUACAGAUGGACAGUCUUCGAGUAGAUGGGGGACUAUCCCACGAGGACCAGCAGCACAAUUUUAUACUUCGACAAAUGCAUCACAUGGACAUGGUUCCCGACCUACUGGUCCACGGUGGAGGGGACCCAGGCCUCAUUUGGGACAGCAGCAGCAGCAGUCACAGACAGACACACAGUCAGAAAACAAAGAACCUUUUACAGACGUAGCUGGCAAUCAGCAGACUGUAAGCAGAACACAGACUACUCCUGAUGCACAGAGUGCAGGUCCCAUUGAGCCAGAUGAGGACCUGACAAACACUCAACAGGAACAAUCCAAACCUGAAGUCAAAGAAACUAUUUCAGACCCUCCUAAAAAGUGGACAUGGAGUUCACAUGAUCCUAACCAACAAGUAGAAGAGUCCAAAGCACCUACUCCACCUAUCCAGAACCAGAAAUCAACAUCCCUUUCUAGUAACCCUGUGGCUUUGCAGUCAGGUAUUGCAAGAACAGGCGGAGCGGUAACCCCUGUAACAGGAAAUCAGGAUUUGGAUUCACCAGACAGCCAGUUGAUUGAUUCAGAUAGCACCCAGGGCCUACCUGGACCAGAAAACAGAGGGAAAGGGCCGUUUAUGCAUGAAGAUAGAGGCAAGGGACCAGUAAGCAGAGGAAGGGGCCAGGGCAGACUGGAUGAUGGCCGUGGCAGAGGGCAGGGGGAUGGCCGUGGCUGGGGAAUGGGCCGUGGCCGGGGGAUGGGAAGGAUGGACGGUGGCCGAGGGAUGGGAAGGAUGGACGGUGGCCGGGGAAUGGGAAGGAUGGACAGUGGUUGGGGAAUGGGCAGGAUGGACGAUGGCCAUGGCCGGGGAAUGGGCAGGAUGGAUGAUGGCCGUGGCAGAGGAUAU